CUCCCGGCAGGCUGUGCGGUGCCGUUUGAAUGGCGCCGGCUUGGGGCCUGCGGGAGGUCGGGUCCCACACCUUCUAGGGCGACGCCUCCCCGCCCGCCGGGACCCCACUUCCCCACGCACCCCACCGCCGCGCAUUCAGGCCCCGCAGCCCCCGCAGGACCCGCGCGCUGCUGCCGCCCUGGAGCCGAGGCGCCGCGGGACCAUGAGCCGCCGGGCCUUCUGGGAGUAUGGCAUCUGAACCUCAUCAUGACUGGAAACGGAACCCUCUGCAGGACGACCAUCUCCUUAGAAAAAGGGCCUCGCGAUUCCCUCGCAAGAUCAUGAAGGAGGGUAAGAGAGCUCCAAAACAGCUGGCUUCUUACACACACAGACCCGCCGGUCGAGCCGUGAGGAGCCCAAACAAAGCGCCCAAAGCGGGGAGCCACAGGAGAGGUCGUCGCCACUUUCCGAGCCCCCGUUCUAGAAAAGCGGCGUCGCCCGGGGGCGGGUCCCUUGUCAUGGCCAACAAGGAGAACGAGCUGGCCUGCGCGGGGCCCCUGGCCGACAAGCUGCGCCAGGACGGCCGGGCCCCGGGCCUCGGCCCCAGCGACUCGAGCGUGGCCCAGACCGAGAGCCCCUCGUCCAAAUAUAGCAGCUUUUUCUCUGAGGUGUCUCAGGACCACGAGACGAUGGCCCAGGUCCUCUUCAGUAGAAAUCUGCGACUGAAUGUAGCUUUAACCUUCUGGAGGAAGAGAAGUAUAAGUGAGCUGGUAGCCUACUUGGUGAGGAUCGAGGACCUCGGCGUGGUGGUGGACUGUCUCCCCGUGCUCACCAGCAGUCUGCAGGAAGAGAAACAAGCCGUCUCCCUGGGCUGCUGUGUGGAUCUGUUACCUCUGGUGAAAUCGUUGCUUAGGAGCAAAUUUGAAGAAUACGUGGUAGUCGGUCUCAACUGGCUCCAGGCGGUCAUAAAGCGGUGGUGGUCCGAGCUGUCCUCCGGGGCCGACGCGGCCGAGGACGGAAACGUGCAGAUUUUAAAGCAGCAACUGAGUGGAAUGUGGGAGCAGGAAAGCCACCUCACUCUGGUUCCAGGAUACACUGGUAAUAUAGCUAAGGAUGUCGAUGCGUAUUUAUUGCAGCUGCACUGAGGAGGCCCGGAGGCCGGGGGACCACCCGUCUGUUUCCAAUAUCCCUAGACCGCCCGGUCUCCGGAGACGCCUCUCCGGGGAGCUGCGAGCGGAGGAGGGGUCCGAGGCCACCCGCCGUUCCCCCCCCCCCCCGCCACCUCGGCUCCGCCCCCGGAGCCGCCGACGGACCGCGAACCGGCCGCCUCGCGUCGAAGCGGGGGAUGCCCGUCCGGGCCGGCUCCGACUUCGCCGAGGCGGCCGACGUGCGCUGUGAGAAGCGUCCACUCCUGCUGCCCCGGCCGUCGCUUCCGGGACGCCCCCGUGGACCUGGAAAUGCCCCGGAGGUGCGGCCGAGUCUCGCUGCGACCCUGAGCCUCGGCCGGGGGGCGGGGGGGCGGUCCCGCGGCCCACAUGGAAACGCAGGACCGGUCACGCGGGCGGAACCCCUCGGAGAGGCCCCCGCUCAGGCUGCGUCGCGCGGUGUGCCGCACCGGAGAACACUAGGUACGGCGUUGCUCCCGCCCCAUCCCGUCUGGAGAGGCACCGGGGCCGCUCUGUGUCCGGCGGGCGGCCUCGAUCGCUCGUGUCCGGCGGGAGAAAAGCCGGCGUCGGAGCCGCCGACCACCGCGCCCGAGCGUGCUCGGGCGGCGUCUGCGGCAUCGAGGCCCCUUCCGCGGUGCGGGGAGCGGGGGGAAGCCCGCUCCUCCCCAUCAGAAACGUGCCGACGGGAUUCUCUGGCCUCUGCCGCCGCCAGGACCCCGACCCUCCAAGUCCACGGCUGAGCGGGCGCUUGGAUGCCCGCAGUCUUGGCAAGCGCCCCUGCGGGAGGUGGCCGCCUUACAACCGGCCAUUUUUUUAUUACCGUAUUUGGAGUACUGCUAGUUUCUCCUCUGGAUCGUCUGAGCUACUUUGAGCUGAGUAAAUAUUUCUAUAUUUUUUCCUUUUCGAA